GUGGACAAAUUUGUCAAAAUUUUUCCUAGUGCUAAGCAUGGGUGGACAGUGAGAUACAAUGUUGAAGACAAAGCAGCAGUGCAGCAAGCUGAAGAAGCCCACCAGGACAUGUUGGAUUGGCUUACGAAGCAUGUCAAAGAAUGGUUUAAGUAAGGCGCGACUCUGCUUCAGCUAGUCCAAUGCAUCUACUAUGAGUGUUUUCAAGACUGCAAUGUGUUUUCACAUCUGAAACUUGGUGUGGCCACUUGAUGGUGUGGAAACCAAAAAUGACAUAAUUGGCUUAAAUAGGGAGCGGUGACAAUUAGUACUCAACUGUUGAUGAGGAUCUAUCACUGGUUCUUGCUGUUGAGUCUUUCUUGUAUUUGUGGGAGUUUUAGUGGACUGGGCUGUCCCCUUUUAUGCUAUUUGAAGGGAUGUGAUAAUUCUUCUACACACAUCUACAUAUGCACCUGCCUUUUAAUACAAUAUAUGAUAAUUGAAUGUGAUAAAA